CGUUCCCCCCCCCCCCCCCCCCUCUCUCUUUCUUUCAAUUCUCUUGCUUUUACUCUCUCUCUCUCUCUCUCAAUCUCAAGUGAGGUUUAGUCAUGGCGGAUGAAACCAAGAAGACAACUCCCGAGGCCCCAGAAGAUGUUGUGGUCUCUGACGUUCCGGUGGCGGAGAACCCCACGCCCGCUCUCGUAGAGAAGGAGGCCCCCCCUCAGCCCGAACCCGACACGGAGAAGGCCGAGAAACCUGCGGCGGAAGAGGUUGCCCAAGGAGAGAAGGAAAAGGCGAAAGACGAGGCGGCACCCGAAGAGAACAAAGAUAUCGGAUCUGCUUCGUUCAAGGAGGAGAGCAACAAAGUCGAUGAUCUAGUCGACCCGGAGAAGAAAGCUUUGGAUGAACUCAAACUGUUGAUCAAGGAGGCGCUCCAGAAGCACGAAUUCACCGCUCCUCCCGAACCAAAGCCCGAGGAGGACAAGAAAGGUGGAGAAGAAGAAGCUGCAGCACCCAAAACCGAGGAAAAGAAGGAGGAGGAAGAAGCAGCGGCCAAACCGGAGGAAAAGAAGGAGGAACCAGCAGAAGAGCCAAAGACUGAGGAGGCUUCUGAAGCACCCGCCACCGCAAAGCCCCUGAAAGAGGAGGAGGAGGAGGUGAAAAAGGUUGAAGAAGAAAAGGCCGCCGUCCCUCCUCCCCCUGCUGCAGCAGAGGUCGAAAAGGUUGAAGAAAAAUCCGAGGCUGCUGAGGAGAUCAAAGAAACUAUCGUUCACGAAGUCAUCACCCCUCCACCACCACCACCUGCUUCCGAGGAGGAACCCGCCACCGUCCCAGCCGAAGAGGAGGAGAAGCCAAAGGAGGAGGACCAAGCUCCACCAGCGGAGCCAGAGGAGGUUUCCAUCUGGGGCAUCCCACUACUUGCCGACGAAAGAAGUGAUGUAAUUCUUCUUAAGUUCCUGAGGGCCAGAGAUUUCAAGGUUGCUGCUGCUUUUGCCAUGCUCAAGAGUGUGGUAGCCUGGAGGAAAUCCUUCAAGAUUGACGAGUUGCUGGAAGAAGAAGGUCUCGGUGAGGGCCUCGAGAAGGUGGUUUAUACACAUGGUGUGGAUAAGGAAGGGCACCCUGUCUGCUACAAUGCUUUCGGGGAGUUUCAUGAUAAGGAGUUGUACAGCAACACCUUCGCUGAUGCUGAAAAGAGAGCCAAAUUUCUGAGGUUUUAUAUUCAGUUUCUGGAGAAGAAUAUUAGGAAGCUCGACUUUAGUCCCGAAGGCAUAUGCACGAUUGUUCAGAUUACUGAUCUCAAGAAUUCACCUGGGCUCAUCUUGUUCAAGAAAGAACUCCGCCAAGCAACCAACCAGGCCCUCCAACUGCUUCAGGAUAAUUAUCCUGAAUUUGUUGCCAAACAGGUGUUCAUCAAUGUCCCCUGGUGGUAUGUGGCUUACAACAGGAUGAUCAGUCCAUUCUUGACUCAGAGAACCAAGAGCAAGUUUGUGUUUGCUGGCCCAACCAGGACUGCAGAAACCCUCUUCAAAUACAUAGCGCCUGAGCAAGUGCCUGUUCAGUAUGGUGGGCUUAGCAAAGAAUCAGAAUUCACCUCUGCUGAUGCUGUUACAGAGGAAAUCAUCAAGCCAGCCAGCAAACACACUAUUGAAUGGCCAAUCACUGAGGUUUGCACACUGGCUUGGGAGGUGAGAGUUGUUGGGUGGGACGUUUCCUAUGGGGCUGAGUUUGAACCGAGUGCGGAGGGUGGGUACACCUGGAUCAUCCAUAAGUCUAGGAAGGUCGGGGCAACUGAUGAACAAGUAAUCAGCCACAACUUCAAAAUUGGUGAAACUGGAAAGGUUGUUCUCACGUUCGACAACCAAACUUCCAGGAAGAAAAAGCUUCUCUACAGGUCCAAGACCAAGUCCUAUGAAUGAGCACAAGGCAAUCCCUUCCCUCCCCUUCUGCUCGCUCAUUCACAUAUUCUUUCUUUUCUUUUUCUUAAAUAUUUUUCUGAUUGAUCAUCAAAUUUAGCCUUGGGUUAAAAGGUCUGGACAAGUUAUUUUUACAUUCGUUUGUUGUUGUUAUUGUGGAACUUAAGUUUUGUUUUUGAAUGGUUUGAGUGUCUCUCUCCCUGGUGUGGUGUAUAACCAUUUGGAAUGGAAUGGAAAGGAAAGCAGGAGUGGGGGAGAGAUGACGUCAUCAUGUCAAUACAGAUUCAUAUCAUAUCCAGGGGUUUGGUUGGUGUGUGAAAUGUUGGAACAAGGAUAUGUCUUUUCUUUUAUAGCGUGUGAUAUAUAUAUAUCUGGACAGAAACUUUUGUUAUUA